AUGACGGGACGGAGGAUCUGGGGCGCGUUAGGCAGGCUUGUGGUGCUUCCUUCCCUUGCGCCAUGCGUUUUCGUGCUGCUUCUGUUACCCACGUCUCUGGCUCAUCCUCAACCAUGUCAAAUCCUGAAAAGGAUCGGACAUACUGUCAGAGUAGGGGCCCUGCACCUGCAACCCCGUGUCUUAAGCCACAAUGCCUUUAAAGGGAAUUAUCUCGACGACGUUUGGGAUCUUGACAGGGACAGUGCUUUGACAGGAGAGGAGUUGGAAAUAAUCUCCAAAACCGUUAACGAACCUGGAUUGGGGAGCCUCAGGACUAGGGGGUCCACAAACAGCCAAAACAGAGGUGCGAAGAGUAAAAACAUGGUCAGACAAGAGGAGAGUGAGAGCGUGUUCAUGCCCAGGGACUCCAUUCUACUUGCGAUGGAGACGCUCAAUCGAAUGACGGGGCUUUUACCUUACAACUUAUCUUUGGAUGUAGUGAUGGCCGUGGAGACAGGACUGGGGGAGCUGCCCGCUUUUUCAUUUUCCUCCGCCUCUACACCGCUCUGCUCCGACCCCGUGUGUUUCUUACAAAGUGUUUGCCACACUGUGAUUGUGCAAGGAGUUUCUGCGAUCAUGGCUUUCCCGCAAAACAGGGACGAGAUGCUCAUUUUGGAAUUUAUUUCCUCCGCGCUCAAGGUCCCCGUCAUUAGUGUGGUCCAAAGCGAGUUCAAACGGCAGAGCAAGAAUUCUCUCCAUUUUCAAAUGGCCAUGCGUAACCCUCCGACCCCUAUGGCGGACCUCAUCUUCGCCCUGUUGUCCAUGAACAGCUGGUACGACGUGAGCCUGCUGCAGUGUCGCGAGCAGAACGUGUCCGACUUCCUCUUCCUGCUCCGCAACAACUCCCGCUUCCACCUGGGCAGUGUGGUCAACGUGUCCACCAACACCAGCUCCCGCGGGGACUUCCAGGCUUCGCUGCAGCGCCACCUAGAGGCCAUCAAGGACUCCACGUCCACCGUGGUGACGUUUGGCUGCGACAUCAGGGACAUCAAGCGCAUCUUCGCCGCCGUGGCCAAGUUCGGCCUGGCGCUACCGGACUACCACUGGAUCCUGGGCGACUCGCAGAACGUGGAGGAGCUGCGGACUGAGGGCCUUCCCAUGGGGCUGCUGGCACACGGGCGCAUGGGCGCGCCCGCGCGGGACCACUACGUGCAGGACGCGCUGGAGCUGGUGGCGCGGGCAGUGGGCAACGCGGCGCUGGUGUCCCCCGAGCGGGCGCUCAUCCCAGGGAUUACGAACUGUAUGCUGAUCGACGAGAAGAACUUCAGCUCAGGAAGAUAUCUCUCCAGGUUUCUGGCCAACACGUCGUUCGAGGGCCUUAGUGGCUAUAUCGACGUUGGUGAGGAGAUGGUGAUUUCCUCAGAAAGCCACCACUUCAUCUGGAACCUGCAGCACGACCCGGUGGGAAACCCCAUGUGGACGCGACUGGGCAGCUGGAAGCACGGCCGCGUGAUGAUGGAUUACGGCGUGUGGCCCAACAAGCGGCGGCCGCACCAGGGCGGCGACUGGCGCCACUCCUCCCGCCUCCACCUGCGCGUGGUCACGCUCGUGGAGCACCCGUUCGUCUUCACCCGCGAGGUGGACGAGGACGGCCAGUGUCCGGCCGGCCUGCUCUGCCUGGACCCGCUGACCAACGACACGGCGCUGCUCGAGGGCCUCUUUCGGAUACUGCAGGGCGUCAACGACACUGUGCCCUUGGAGUACAAGAAGUGCUGCUACGGCUACUGCAUUGACCUGCUGGAGAAGCUGGCCGAGGACAUGAACUUCGACUUCGACCUCUACAUCGUGGGGGACGGCAAGUACGGCGCGUACAAGAGCGGCCGCUGGACGGGGCUGGUCGGCGACCUCAUGAGCGGCGCGGCACACCUGGCAGUCGGUUCCUUCAGCAUCAACUCGGCGCGCAGCCAGGUGAUCGACUUCACCAGCCCCUUCUUCUCCACCAGCCUGGGCAUCCUGGUGCGCACUCGGGACACGGCCGCGCCCAUCGGCGCCUUCAUGUGGCCGCUGCACUGGUCCAUGUGGCUGGGCAUCUUCGUCUCUCUGCACGUCACCGCCGUCUUCCUCACGAUCUACGAGUGGAAGAGCCCGUUCGGCAUGACGCCCAGGGGACGCAACCGCGACCGCGUCUUCUCCUUCUCCUCGGCGCUCAACGUGUGCUACUCCAUCCUGUUUGGCAGGACAGCGUCCAUCAAGCCGCCCAAGUGCUGGACCGGCCGCUUCCUGAUGAACCUGUGGGCCAUCUUCUGCCUCUUCUGCCUGUCCACAUACACGGCCAAUCUGGCCGCCGUCAUGGUCGGGGAGAAGACCUACGAACAGCUCUCAGGGAUACAUGACCCCAAGCUUCAUCAUCCGUCACAGGGUUUCCGUUUCGGGACGGUCCGAGAGAGCAGCGCUGAGGAUUACGUGAAGAAAAGCUUCCCCGAGAUGCACGAGUACAUGAGACGCUACAACGCUCCCGCCACUCCCGACGGUAUCGACCAUCUCAAAGAAGAUCCCCAGAAGCUUGAUGCCUUUAUUAUGGACAAAGCCCUUUUGGAUUAUGAAGUAUCCAUUGAUGCAGACUGUAAACUGCUCACGGUGGGAAAACCAUUCGCCAUUGAAGGGUACGGCAUUGGCCUCAAGCAGAACUCCCCCCUCACGUCUAACAUCUCCGAGCUGGUCAGUCAGUACAAGUCAGACGGCUUCAUGGACAUGCUCCAUGACAAGUGGUAUAAAGUGGUUCCUUGUGGAAAGCGCAGCUUCGCUGUCACUCAGACGUUGCAGAUGGGGAUUAAGCACUUCUCAGGGUUAUUUGUGAUGCUGUGCGGAGGCGUCGCUCUGUCUCUUCUCACCACUCUGGCCGAGCACAUCGUCCACCGUUGGGUCAUUCCCAAAAUCAAGACCAAACCACAGUACAAAUAUUGGCUUCACACCAGUCAGAGAUUACAUCGAGCACUUAAUUCCUCCUUCAAUGAAGAUAAAUUGCCCACAGUUGCAAAACCAGAAAAAAGGUGCAAUGUCGGAAAUAAUCAACAAGUUCAAUGGAAUGCCACUGAAAAUUCCAACUGCAACCGGCGAAAGCCAUCCAAUCAGGGUGUUCAGCAGCAAAACGAUGUGGAAUGCCAGUGCAAGGAGCUGCAACCACUGCAGGUUAAUAGACAGCCCCCCCUGCAGGCCACGUUAGCAUCCAACGGCAAGACAGACCUUCUGGGCUUAGCCAGGAACCCCAUCGUCCAGGAGCUGACCGACCUAGAGACGCAGAUCCAGAUCAUUAAGCAGCAGCUGCAGCUGGCGAUGAAGAGGAAAAAGGAGUUGGAGCAAUACCAGCAAACUAAACGAACCCCUCCAGCCGAGUCCUAGAGCUGCGGAGGUGCUGCAUCUGUGUGCGGACGGAGUUGCGGAGGAGAAGGGAUCGCUCAGCCUGGCUAGCCCUCCCCCUGUAGCCUGUGUUUGUCAGAGCAUGUCUCUGCUGCAGGAGCAUCUGAAGGGCCAGACCCUCAUCAGCCACAGGACGUCUAUCUAGACGACACGCUGGUGUGUGGUUUUCUUUUAUUUCCUAAAAGUCGGAUUUUUUUUGGUAAGCAAAUCAGAAUCCUUGUGGAGCACCUUGAGCCAUGAUGAAGACAAGGAUGGAAGGGCGAGGGGAGGGUGCGGAUUUUGAAUGAAUAGUCUUUUUUAUUCCUUCUCUCUCAAAGAGAUGAUGGCGAUGACACGACACAAUAACAAGUGCGUAGAUCAGUGCCUGGGAAGGAGGGCUACUUUGGUGAAGGAAAGGGGUUUUGUGUCUCAGAGACAAGCGUUCACUGAAGGUGUCAAAAUGUGAUGUAUGAUGGCCCUCUGUCUGCAUACUGAUGCACUCUGCAAAGCCAUUUCUUAUCUUUUUUUACUUUUUUUUUCCUCCAGCUGAAAAAAAGCAUGAGUCCUGUGAGUUUUUUUUUUUUUUUUAAAGAAAGGUUUUUCCCCUUUUCAUUUGAAAGGUCUUCAGGUGUUGGAAUGACAAACCAAAACUAAACCUUUCCCGUUGAGGUAAUCCCUGGUGUUUAAAAAAGACUGAAUGCCAUUGUUAACUGAAUUUGCCAUUAAUGUGGUCUCAAGAUAUGGCAACUUGUUAAACCUGUUAUCCCUCAGUAAAUUAAUUAAUGAGUAAGUUUGCAGAGCUCAAAGUGUGCAAUGAGGUCUAAUUAAAAAUAAGGGUAACACUUUAUAU